AUGGACAAAAACAGUAAAAGAUAAGAUUCUGAUAAUAGCUUGAGUAAUGAUGAUGAGCAUACAACUACAUUUCUUAUCCAAAAGAUUUUAAAGCAUCAGUUAGCAGACUUCCAAAGGGAAUUCACUCAGAAAUUGAGAGAGGACUUCGAUGUCAAAAUCACCUAGCUCUAGAAAGAGAAUAGCAAAAUUGUAUCUAAGCUAAACCCUAUUGCCAAUGAGUUCAGUUCAAUAAAGCAAAUUGGAAAAACGCUUCCUGCCUCAAUUGUUGAUUACAUGAUGGAGUAGACAUAACUCAACGAAAAACUAGAGAAAAUAAAGGUGGACUAUGUAACUAGAGAAGAUUUAGGUCUCUAUUUAGCAACCCAAGACUAUACAACGUUCAAGGAUUUAAAGGAAAAUAGGGAGGAAGUUAAUAUUGAAAUUGAACAGAUUAAUUAGAAACUCUCAGAUAAUGACUAAAACAAGAAGUAGAUGGGAACUGAUAUACAUAUUAUAAGAAAUCUCUUUUUAGACAAAGCAGAUGUUAAAGAAAUAAGGAACCUAGAGAAGCAGAUGGCUGAGUUGGCGCCUUGGGAAGCUAUUAAAUCCAUUUACUCUGAAUUAGGUUCAUUAGUCAAGAAAGAUUUGUUUGAGAUGCAUAAAAAUGAUUUCACUCAUCACUUCAAGCGCAUCGAUGAAAGACUUGCCCAGACCCCUUAUAAAUAGGAAACAAUGAGUGAGAUAGAGAGAAUGUGUGAGAAUCUCAAGAAUGAGAUGUCCUCUAACUACUUAAGUCUUAAAGAAUACCAGAAAGACUAGAAGGAAUAUAAUGCUUAGCAGAAAAAAAUCAAGGAGGAACAGUCAGAAUUCAAGAAAACUUUUACUAAGGAGGAAACUGAAAUAAAUAGCAUUAAGAGAGCUCUCCAGAAUAAAGCAGAUGACUCAGAUUUUAAAAGUCUCAAGAAUAUGACUGAUACACAUGCAACCAAGAAUGAUCUGUGGAAGCUAGAAUAAAAUGUUUACCCCAAACUGUCCUCAUUUGAGAAUGAAUUCAUAAGAUUUUCUUUAAAAGCUAAGCAACAUGAUGAAAUUAUUAGGAGAUAUGAUGAGAUCAUCACUGAAAAAGCCUCUAAAUGGAGUUUGAAUGAAUUUAAGUAAGAGGCUGAUGAGACAUUCACAAAGCUAACCUAGACUUUAUAAGUGUAAAACCAUAUCAAGAUGCUUGAAAAUAAGAUUUAAGAAGUGCACAAAAAUGCGAUUGACUAAUUCGAUGCAAUCAAUAGAGCAUUUUCUUAUGAGAUAUUGAGUGCAGUAAAGAAAGUUCAAAAGUAGCAAAAUUUAAGUCAGGGACCUGGUUAAUUGGAGAGUAACUUCCAUAUAAAGACUCUACUAAAUAUGAAAGCAAACUAAUCAGAUGUGGAGCAUUUACAUGAGUCUAAAUCAAGUAAAGCUGAAGUCUCAGAUAUCAAUAGGGCUCUUAUUUAAGUAGCCAAACAGACAAAACAUAUGAUAGUUCUAUUCGUUGAAUUUGUCCGAUCAUCCUUUCAUAACCCCUCAGAGACUUCUUUAAAUCGAGAAAACAAAAAAAAACUUCUGCUUCAAUAAUCUAAUGCUCUAGCAAAAUGGGUAUUGAGAUUUGAUCCAAAUGCUGUAGAUUAAUAAUAAUUAGAUAGUGAAGAAGACUCUAGGGCAAUGGAGUAGUAUACUAAUACUUUGUUAGUCGAUUCAGUUUUGACAUCAAGUCACAUUUCUACUCUAAUUCAUAAGAUCCCUCAGAUAUCUGGGAUCAAGAAUAAGACCUACAAUGCCAAAUAGUUUGUAACAGUGAGUGAGAUGUAACCGAAGAAUAAGUUGGGUAUAUUUGCAAAUCGCAAGAAUUCUUGUAACAAUACUUACAUUAGUGAUGUUUCUCUUAAUAACAGAAGCCUAGCCUCACCCUCAUAGAUGAGUAUCAAAGAAGACUCUGCUGAGUAUUAACUGGCAAAAUAGAACAUUAAUUCAACUUUAUCUAAGAUUGAUAAACCUUGGCUCAAACUUAAACUCAAUGAUCAACAUAAUUUUAACUUCACCUCUUCACUUUCGUAAGAUCAUAAAAUAUUAUAACAAUAUAUUUAAUAGACAUCAAACAAGUCCAAGGUAGGUAUCAAGUCGUAGAUAAAAAGUAUCUUAAAGUUAAUAGAGGAAAAUUUAGUAUUUUGA